UGUCCAAACCUGCAUAUGAGUGGGUAGUGAGAUUGGUCGAAUGACAGCCCAUCACCUCAGACCGCCAUGGGGAGUCGGUUGGUCUGCGACCCGCAGCUCCACUCCAUUUCUCUCUCUAUCACCACAAGAUAUAAAAUUCCUAAAGCCAACGCCAUUUUUCAGCGUCAAAACAGAAUAGAAAACAGAGGGACUAUUAAAAAGAAGAAAAAUAUCAGACCACUAACCAAAGACUUGGAUUAUGAAUGAGAAGGCGUGAGUGAUCGUGUCUGGUGGAGGAGUCGAUCAUGACGGAGGAUACCACCACCACCACCACCAGUUCUUGUGCUACAGCGCUCAACUCUGUCUCUAAAAUGAAUACGAAGAAGAGAGAUGGUUAUGAGAAUGAAGAUGAGGAAGAGUGUGACGUGGAGGUGUGGGAUACGCUGAGCAGGAGUUUCAGGCAGGUACAGGCCGUACUUGAUCAGAAUCGAGACCUGAUUAACCAAGUGAACGAGAAUCACCAGUCGAAGGUUCCGGAUAAUCUCACUAAGAAUAUAUCCUUGAUUCGCGAGAUCAACGGAAAUAUAUCUAAGGUUAUCUCUAUUUACUCUGACUUAUCUCUCCGUUUCUCAAAUAUUGUGCAUCAACGGCGCCGCACCAAAAUUUGAAGACAAUUUCUUGGUUGUGGGACUGCUUACAACUAUUAAGCUGGGAAAGCAGGGAAAGAUAAUGGUGAAAGCUAAUUAGUCCUUCAAGGCAGUAGUAUCUGGGGAAGAAUGGAGUAUGGAAACUAAUUGUCAUAACACAUCUAUAUGAGAAGAAAAGAAGGUUAAUGGUUAGAUUAGUCAUUCUGAUGGUUGUGUUUGUGCUGGAGAUUGAGUUAAUGUGAUGGAAAUGGCGGUAAAGGGUGGUAAACCUCCUGGCUGUCUCUGCAUCCCUACCUCAUUUAUCAACGAGGGGUCAUUUGGGGGCCUUAGUUGGUGGUCCGAGCUAUUUCCCUCUUUAGCAUGGCAAGAAUAUUUCUCAACUUGAAGAUUGGUCCUGAUUUUUGGAGGGUCUGUUCUAUCAACUUAAAGAACACCUUGGCAAUGGGUAGAUAUUUAGGGCAGCUGAGAGCUGAGAUCUUAUCCUUCAAAAAAAUAUCUAGUUAUUUUAUCUUUUGUAAUAGUAAAUCCUCAUGAAAUCAAAUAUGAAGUACUUGAGGGUAAAAAUUUGCAGGAAGGAUGAUAUCAUUUAACGGGCAACAUAGGCAAAUGAUAUCAUCCCCUUUUAUGUUUUCAGUAUCAGCAUAAUUUGUGAAGUGAAUUUAGUUUAUAAAAUGAUAGGAUUAAAUAGAAAGACGUGAAGAACCUGUCUCAAUUCUAAUCUCAUGUUUUUCCGAGGUAUUUUGGACAUGGAAGCCCUCAUUUUCUUAUUUAUAGAAAAUGUAAAAGAAAAUGAAGGAACUUGUGGAAAAAGGAAAGGUGGUAACAACCCUUUUAGGAGAUACUGCUGAUAACUGCAGAGUAUCUGAUUCUAUACGGACGUUCUCAAGGGACAUUGAAAUUGCCUCCCCGUAAUGGGCAGCCUGGGAGAAUUUAGGACUGCAGUAGAUUUCUGCUGUUUUGUUGAAUGGAAGUGAUUUAGGAAUAAGCCUCAAAAUUUGAUCUUGCUUUAAAUUUUCAUUGCCGAAACAUUUGAGAAUAACAAAACUCAAUUUCAAAUCAA